UCACCACAUGCACCACCAAUUGAUUCAGGCGGUAUUAAUGUUAAUUUUGUUUCAUAUCCAAAUCAACCGUUCAAUCCGCCUCAAACAAUGUCGUCUUCUUUCCCACAUCUUCCACUAUUUGAAGGGAACUAUAGUGGAAUCAGCCAAGAGCAUGUUUCAUUCACUAACAUGUUGAACCAAGGCUUGUAUAAUCCCACUUUGAGUUCUCAAAGCAGCGGUCCACAACAAAUAUCACCAACCACAGGUGAAUCUGGUGGACAUCAAAGCAAUGUCAUUAAUUUGAGUCAAGAGAUGUCACCCUCCAAAAAAACCAAAAAAUUGGCUUAAAAGAGAAAAGUGUCUACAACACAAGGAGCUCCUAGCCUCAAUUCGAAUGGGGUUUCCAACAUGUGGUGGCUCCCCAAGCAUGAUGCGGAGCUUAUACCGUGUCUUGCGGAGCUCGCGGAUGCCGGAAUGAAGGUUGAUAAAAAUCAGCUUACACAAUAGCAGCUAUGAAGAUGAACAUGAAAUUCAAAACCAGCUACACCCACCUUCAUGUGAUUAAUCGCAUGAAAACUUGGAGAAACAAAUUCAAUGAUAUGAAGGCUUGCAUCAACAUAAGUGGUGCGGGGUGGGAUGAGGAUAACUGUAUGGUAAUUCUAGAUGAGGAGACACUUAAAAUAUGGGCUCAGGACAAAAAGAAUUCAAAGCUAAGAGGAUAUAUAAACAAGCCUCUUCCCUUCUACAAACAUUUACAGAAGAUCAUGGGUGAUGAUCAAGCUAGGAGUGAUUUUGUUAGGCCAGUUUAUGAUAAGAUUGGUACUAAGAAUGUCAUUCCUCUUGAUGAUGAUGAUAUGGACAUUCCACUUAAGAGUGAAGUUGAGCCACAAUCUGAUGCUAACGUUACCCCAAACUCCACUUCUAGAAAAUCCCAACGUGAAUCUAACACAAAGCCAUCUUCAAGCAAGAGACCUCGACACUCAAAUGAUGAUGAGUUGAUACGUAGCUUUGUUGAGUCAAUGUCGGAGUCAAUUAGAAAUCAACACAUUAUACAUUGGUCUGAAUAAUUAGUUGUAGCUUUGAAGAACCAUAGUGACUCUUAUAGUGACGAAUUCCUUGAGGUUUUAGAUCAUUUGUAUGAAAGUGAGCGUAAGGCUAGGAGGUUUUUUAUAAAAAUGAAGGAGGCUCAGAAGAGGUUUCUUUCAAGUCUUGCUGCGGCUCAAGGAUGGGACACGUCAUAGUGUGUUGUUGUUCUGUGCACACAAUACUCAAUUUUGCUACUUCACAUGUUUUGUUACUAUUCCCUCACAAACUUAUAUUUUGUUAAUUGCAAACUUUAGAUGUUGCAAUUUGUGCUCGUUGUCGAGCUAUGAGGCUGUUUUUUGGGUUUUUUUGGUUGAAAUUUGUGCUCAUUGUCAAGCUUUGAGGCUGUUUUCCCAUUAAAUAUGCUGAUUCGAGCUUGUUUAGCUCUAUAUUAUUGGGUUUUUUUGGUCGAUAUUUGUGCUGGUUGUCGAGUUUUGAGGCUAUUUUUCCAUUUAAUAUGCCGAUUCGAGCUUGUUUAUCUCUCUAUUGUCGGGUUUCUUGGUCGAUAUUUGUGCUCGUUGUCGA